AGAUAGCAACAGAAGUGGAGUAAAAGGAAAAAGGUCUGAUGAAAUCCUGUAGAACAGGUUGUGAAAGAAUUACCUGCAUAUGUGCAUCUGAUAACUGUGUACGCACAAGGUUGUCGACAGCCUGUCACUUUUGUCACUUUGAUGAGAGCACCGACCGCCAUUUGGGAAGUUGUCUUAUUUUAAUUGAGUCUAGACUGUUCAGUUGUAUAUAAUUUUAGGAAAGUCUAUUUUGUGAUCCUGUAGGUCAGAUGCAGUUGUUUAUAUUGCUCUGAGUGGAGUAAUUUCAUGGUGUCCUUUAUAUGAUUUGUGUGAGUUUCCAUGUAUAGGAGGAGGAACUCUUGUAAGAAUGAAAAGAUUGUGGCUUCACCUCAAACUGAAAAAUGUCUGUUUCGUCAGUUUUACACUAGCAAUCAUUAUAUGCUGUUUUAUGAUCAUAAUUUUAAGAGUAAAUGAAGGAGGAGGAGGACAGGAAGCAGGAUUGUCGGAAAGGCUGCGGCUGACAGUAAAAUAUGGCAUUAACUGCACAGCAAUAUAUGAAAUGGAACCUGUGGAAGUGGGCAAAACUUUAGUCAUCCGCAAGCAAAAAACCUAUGUAGGGGCAACUGACCAGACUAUCGUGAAUGCCACCUCUGAUUGUGAUUGGUUUGUUGUGACACAGGGCUAUGCUGGGAUUCAAGGCACUGAAUUUGAGCAUGAAUUUCCUCUUGCUUACUCUUUGGUUGUUCACCAGGAUGCGGCUCUUGUAGAGAGGUUGCUCAGGGCUAUUUAUAUGCCCCAUAACAUAUAUUGCAUACAUUAUGAUCUGAAGUCUUCAACUGACUUUAUUUCAGCAAUUAAAGGUCUGGCCCGCUGCAUCCCCAACGUCUUCAUUGCCUCAAAACUGGAGAGGGUUCAAUAUGCAGGCAUCUCACGACUCAGAGCGGAUCUCAACUGCCUGUCUGACCUCCUAGAUUCUGAGGUUAAGUGGAAGUAUGUCAUCAACCUGUCUGGUCAGGACUUUCCACUGCGGACAAACGGCGAGCUGGUGUCGGAUCUAAAGGAGCUGAAAGGCAGGAACAUGGUGGAGAGCAAGUGGCCUGGAGGAAAGAAAGAGCGCUGGAGUGUUCAUCAUAUCCUGAAAAAUAACAAUGAGUACUAUGACACACCUGUCAGCACUUCUGAGGAGAAAUCUCCACCUCCUCACAACAUUGAAAUGUUUGUGGGCAGUGCGUACUUUACUCUCUCAAGGGAAUUUGUGGUUUUUGUUCGCUGGAGCUUCCUAGCCAGGGAUUUCUUGGCUUGGUCUGAGGAUACAUACUCACCUGAUGAACAUUUCUGGGCGACUCUGGUUCGUGUGCCUGGAGUACCAGGUGAGGUGCACAGAUCUGAUCCUGAGAUCUCAGAGCUGAUUAGUAAAACUCGUCUGGUGAAGUGGUCAUAUUUAGAAGAGAAUCUAUACCCACUGUGCACAGGAGUCCAUGUACGAGCUGUGUGUAUUUAUGGUGCUGCUGAGCUCAGAUGGCUCCUAAACUACGGCCACUGGUUUGCUAAUAAAGUAGAUCCAAAAGUGGAUCCUGUUCUUAUAGAAUGUUUAGAAGAAAAUCUUGCAGAAAAACGUCUGAAUGUGCAGAGUAAAGUAUAAAUAAUGGAUUCUCAUCCUGGAGUUCAAUGUAAUACUGACUGCCUGGUUGCAUAAGUUAUUCUCUGUCGCCCCCUGCUGUGUACAAAGCAAUAGAGCAUGAGUUGGCUUUUUGAACCACCAAUGGGUCUUUUCUGGUGCAACUUUCCAAGGUGCAUGGAAAAUACAAAAAAAAACAAAAAACAAAAAACCCAUUAAUAAGCCAACCAGCAGUACUUGUGGAUGAAUGCCCUUCUGAAAAUGAUGGGGAAACCUUUUGUCACUUAAAAGACUGUAUUACUGAACAAUUAAAAGAGGUGAUAUAACAAAUCCAGUACAGAAAUAUUUUAAAGAAUGUAAUCAUAUGUGCUCUUUUUUGAUUAUUAGCACUGAACACACAAUUGCCAGUAAAAAGAGGUGAUAUUGACCAAAUUCUAAAAGGAAGAUAAGCAUUUUAGAUUUUUAUUUUUUAUUUUAAAAGUGAAUUUCCUACAGUGAUACUUAUAGAGCUGGGUCUAAAAGAAUGUUUAUGACAUUUUAAAUUAAAAUAUGUGCGUAAAAUAUGUGUACAAUAUGUGUACACUCAUGACAUAUUAAAAAGCAAGAGAGAGAAUGAGAAUAAAUAAAGGUGUGCGUUUGUGUGUUGUAAAGUCCAAUGUGUGUAUGUGCGUGCAUGGGUGGGCGUGGGUGAAAAGAAAUCUGAUUGGCUAGUUUAGUUUCUUCGCUUUUUUCACACAUGAAAAUGGCAUUACAGAGUUAAUGUUUAAAACAUACUCAAAAUUAAUAAAUGCUCUCUAAAACAGCUAAAUUCGAUUGAAACAUUUGCAAAAAGGCCUUAAACUACUGAGUAGGGAUGGAGAAAUUAAGCCUCUUAAAUCUUUAAAGCUUUUCUCUAAAUGUUUCGGGAAAAGUUCCAAAGCAUCAAGAGUGUCGAAAACAGUGCCAUCUUGUGGCGGGUAAAAUUUACAGCAGCCAUAAACCUGAGUGCGCAUCUCUGUUGUUUUAUCCGUUUGACGACGCUAAAUGUGUUUAGUUUUCUGAUAAUAUAAUUCACAUAUUAACCUUCAACAGCACAGAAAAUUUUCUUAAGCCCUAUGUUUAGUAAAUUUUUCUUUAAAUGCAAUUCCCUUGUAAUAACCAAUUAGAAAGUUCGAGAAAGUACCAAAGAACAGUCCAGUAAGGUGUUAGAGUAACUAUCAAGCACCAUUUAAAGGUGGGACGUCCUGUUUUGACACAUGGCCACAGGAGCACAUGGUGUGAGAAGGCAAGAUUAUUUGCUUUAGUAAUUCUUAUUUAAAAUACAUAAAAAAUAUGUGUGUGUGUGUGUGUAUGAAGGUGUAGAGAAGCCUUUUGUCAGGUUUUAUUAAGUUUUUUUAUUUUGCAUGUUCAGAAAUUCAGUUUUUCUUUUCGUUGCCUCAGGGCAACGUUGUGCGAUAAGGGGUACUUUUCGAGAAUGUUUUGGACAAUACCUCACAUUGGCCAUAAUGUGUUAUAUGAAGGGAAGAUGCAGGGUUCCUGGGUGUGCAGGAACACCCAAAGUGAUGUGAAAAAAUUGUAACAUACACCUCUAUUUCACAGCAGAGAAGAAGUGCUUUUUGAAGUUUCGUACGGAGUGAAAUCUUAUUACAUGAAGUACAUUAUAUGGCGUGACACACUACAUGACACAGACCUAUGCAUGUAUCAAAUUAAACAUAUCAAUGUCUUUCAAGAGUUUUUCUAUUCUUCAUUACUGAUUUCUUGACUUUUUUUUUUUUUUACAUUUGAUUUUGAUGAUAAUUUUCUCUAUGAUUCCGUACCAUUGUUGCAGGGCAACGAAAAAAUAUUUUAGGGUUGUCAAAAAAUGUUUUAUCAAUAAAAUGUUCCCAAAUGAACCAAAAAA